CAUAUAUAAAUAAAUAAAUAAUAGAUAGCAUCAUAUUCAUAGGAAGACCUGAAAGGACUUGAAUUCAUUCAUGAGCAUAACGAUGAUGAUGAUGAUUUGAUGAGUAAAUAAAGAAAGACGAUUUCUUCAUCUCCAAUCUCAGAUUCUCUCAAUUUCCCCCCUUUUCCCAAACCCUAUCCCGAACCCUAAUUUCUAAAUCGAAGAAAGAUUUGUAAUUCAAUCUCCAGGAAAACCUCUACCCAUAUUUUCUUCGUCUUCUCCGAAUCCGAUUACCCAAGAUGGUUUUAGCACAGUUAGGCGGGAGCAUAUCCCGCGCUCUUCAGCAGAUGAGCAAUGCCACUGUGAUCGAUGAGAAGGUCCUCAAUGAAUGUCUCAAUGAGAUCAGUCGCGCUCUGCUACAGUCCGAUGUUCAAUUCAAGCUCGUCCGUGAUAUGCAAAGCAAUAUCAAGAAGAUUGUCAAUUUGGAUGACCUCGCUGCUGGUCACAACAAGCGCAAAAUUAUCCAGCAAGCUAUAUUUAAUGAAUUGUGCAAAAUGUUGGAUCCUGGAAAACCUUCUUUCACUCUUAAAAAAGGAAAACCGAGCAUUGUAAUGUUCGUUGGUUUGCAAGGGUCUGGAAAAACUACCACAUGUACAAAGUAUGCAUACUACCACCAGAAAAAAGGUUGGAAGCCUGCUCUGGUGUGUGCUGAUACUUUCCGAGCUGGUGCUUUUGAUCAGCUGAAGCAGAAUGCUACUAAAGCUAAGAUUCCAUUUUAUGGAAGCUAUAUGGAGUCAGACCCUGUAAAAAUUGCAGUUGAAGGUGUGGAAAGAUUUAAGAAAGAAAACUGUGAUCUUAUAAUUGUUGAUACUAGUGGACGUCACAAGCAAGAAGCUGCUCUUUUUGAAGAAAUGCGCCAAGUUUCUGAAGCUACAAACCCAGACCUUGUUGUAUUUGUUAUGGACAGCAGUAUUGGUCAGGCAGCUUUUGAUCAAGCUCAAGCGUUUAGACAAAGUGUUUCAGUUGGAGCUGUAAUUGUCACCAAAAUGGAUGGCCAUGCAAAGGGAGGUGGUGCUCUUAGUGCUGUUGCUGCAACAAAGAGUCCUGUUAUAUUUAUUGGAACCGGAGAACAUAUGGAUGAGUUUGAAGUUUUUGAUGUCAAACCAUUUGUCAGCCGACUCUUAGGAAUGGGAGACUGGUCUGGAUUUAUGGACAAGAUUCAUGAAGUAGUACCAAUGGAUCAGCAGCCCGAGCUCCUACAAAAACUUUCAGAAGGAAAUUUCACAUUGAGGAUUAUGUAUGAGCAGUUCCAGAACUUAAUGAAAAUGGGUCCAAUUGGCCAGGUCUUCUCAAUGCUUCCAGGGUUUAGUUCCGAAUUAAUGCCAAAAGGACGGGAAAAGGAGAGCCAGGCAAAAAUUAAGCGGUACAUGACAAUGAUGGAUUCAAUGACCAACGAAGAGUUGGAUAGUACAAACCCUAAGCUUAUGAAUGAGUCCCGAAUGAUGCGGAUAGCUAGAGGCUCUGGUCGCCCCGUUAGAGAAGUAAUGGAGAUGAUGGAAGAGUACAAACGCCUUGCAAAGGUAUGGAGCAAAAUGAAGGGGCUUAAGAUUCCUAAGAAGGGUGAAAUGAGUGCUCUAUCCAGGAAUAUGAAUGCACAGCACAUGAGCAAGGUACUCCCACCUCAGAUGCUGAAGCAGAUCGGCGGCAUGGGUGGGUUGCAGAGCUUAAUGAAGCAAAUGGGCGGUAACAAAGACAUGAUGGGGAUGUUCGGAGGAGGAGGAGGGGAGUAGUAAAAGAUGUAAAGCUCUAUUUACUAAACUCAUACUACCAACUACACGGCUGCAUGCUUACAUUCUUUUCAUUACUCAGCCAUUUUGUGGUGAUGUGAAAGACAAGCAUCAAACCCUUUAAAGUUUUCUUUUUUGUACGUAAUUAGCCUAAAAAUUUACAAGGGUAUUAAUUUUUUCUUCUUUUUUGGAGCAAAUAAUUAGAGAAUUUGCAUUUAACCCUUUCAAUUUUAUACUUCUGUUGUGUUU